AAUAUGCAAAAGAUUCAUUAAGAAAAACAUUACUCAAGAAGUUCGAUCCAGAUGAUGCAUCCUGGGAUGCUUUUCUUCCUGUUAGGAAGCUUUCUUCUGUUUUAAAGUUCAAGGAGGGUAUGAAACUGGAAGCUAUAGACCCUUUGAACUUGUCCACCAUUUGUGUUGCCACAGUUACCAAAGUGUUGAGAAACAACUACUUAAUGAUUGGUAUUGAUGGAAUGAUGGCAGCUAAUGGAUCUGACUGGUUCUGUUAUCAUGCCUCCUCACCAUGCAUCUUCCCCGUAGGAUUCUGUGAACUCAACAACAUUGAACUUACACCACCAAGAGGACAUAAAGGAGAGUUCAGAUGGUUUGAAUAUCUCAAGCAGACAAAAUCAACUGCAGCCCCUGUUGCUCUUUUUAAAAAGGACAUCCCUCCCCAUGGCUUUAAGAAAGGAAUGUAUCUAGAAGCUGUAGAUUUGAUGGAGCCACGGUUGGUGUGUGUGGGAACCGUAGCUAAUGUGGUCGGAAGACUACUGAGAAUUCACUUCAGUGGCUGGGAUGACACCUAUGAUCAAUGGUGUGAUUGUGAAAGCCCUGACCUUUUCCCUGUGGGCUGGUGUCAGAUGGUGGGGUAUAGGCUAGAGCCCCCUCACAUGCAAUUGGAAGAUAAGAAGCGGAAGAAAACCCAAGUAUACAAAGGACAGAGAAAAAAGAAGAAGAGUAAGGCUGGGCAAUUCAAAAAAACAUUUGGUCAUUCACCACUAUCUUCAAGCUUGUUUCAUGACCAUACAAAUAAGCAAGAAAGUGAUGACACAGUUUCAUCCACUUCAGACCUUCAAGGAGUUAAUUCAAAGACUUCAGCGGCUGACAACAAGUGUGCUUCGAUUCCACUACUAAGCAAUCUUGGUCGACCACCCUCUACUUCUGCUGGUUUGAACCCUCCGUCCAGACAACAUCUUGGCUUUACCUUAUCAUCAUCCAAGGAGUCCAUAGCAGCACACAGCCUAGCCCUUAGUUCCUUACACAGUGAGACCAACCCUGAGGAAUGGGGGGUCUUGGAUGUUGCUCAGUUUCUACGAAUCAAUGAGUGUGGAGCAUAUUGCCAGGCUUUCAGUCAACAGAAAAUAGAUGGAAAACGGCUCCUUAGUUUGACCAAAGAUGAGAUUUUGGAACUGAUUGGAAUGAAAGUUGGACCAUCAUUAAAGAUUUUUGAUCUUGUUCAGCAACUAAGAAACAAGGUUCAAAAAUUCAGGAAGAAAUAAUUCUAGAAAGGUUCAUGUAAAUACAUUUCUGUUUUUAAAUUUCUUUUGUUUCUUAAAAAAUAUUUAUUCAUUUAUAUGAAGGCAGAGGCUAAAAACUAAAAAAUGGCAGAACAUUAAUCAAGACACUUUUUUGUGGAGUACUUUCACAAUACCUCUAAAUCAUAUUUAACAUUAUUUUGCUUCUUCCUGUCUUUCUAGGCUAACUGUUCUACCUUUUGCUCAAACUUUAGUUUGCUCACAUGCCACUAGGUGGAACCUUUUGUAUUUGUAUGCCAUUAUGAGCAUAACUUUAUUUAGUUUGCUUAUUAUUUGUGUUUACCCUGAAUUCCGAAGUAUAUAUUAUUUUCAUACUCUACGUGAAAUGGAUAUAUAUAUUCACUUUCAGUUGUGUUACCACUUAUUCUGAAUUUAAUAGGGUUAACUAAUGCCAUUGAAAUGUGUUAUAUGGUACUUCUAAGACAUAUAAUACUGAUGCCCUCUAGUGACUCGCACAUUUGGUGAGAAAUUUGAAAUAAAUGCUAUGUGAGAGUAAAAACAAUUUGUGAUUAAGAAGUCAAAAUGCUUAAAAACAUUUUAGUUUUAAAUUAUUGUCUGAAACAUUGUAUCUUGGGGGUGGAUAUUUCCAAGAGAAUUUAACUAAAUGAUACAUCACUCAUUAACUUUGUUCAUAUCAUACAUAAAAAAGACAUGUGUUAACAUUUUUGAUUAUUAUGUUCUUUGUUAUUGUUCUUUUUCUGGUGUGUUUAAAAUAUGAAUCUAGGAUAAGACAUUUCUCCUACUUGAAAUUUUGUUUAAUAUCAUUGUUCACAAUCACUCAUUAAAUGAAAUCAUUCCUGGUUAAGCAUGUUAAACUACUCUGAAGUUUUGACGGAUGGGGCUGCAUGAAGUUAUAUAUAUAUAUAUAUAUAUAUAUACAUAUUUAGUAGGGUAGUUCUAAACUGAAAGACUGUUGCUGUUUUUGAGGUGGUGAAAAUACUUUUUUUUAGCAUGCUAUGUGUCCUAAGCAUUUUAACAUUUAGUAAAAUCAAAUAUAACUCAUUUAAUCAUUUUUAGUUAUGUUAUUCUGUAUCUUAGUGCCUCUGAUGGCUGAAACUUUUCAAGUGUAACUGACUUGUCAGCUAAGUUGGUUCAAGUCAAGUGCCUAAGUGGUGCGUGUUAGUCCAUUAUUACACAGUUCUCGUAAAGCCAAUGUACUCUUUUAAGAUUUGUUACAGAAGUAACUGGAGUUUAUUUAGAUAUAUUAUCUAUACAAGAAAAAACUGUAAUGUGUCAUUUCUUAAUUUUAUGAUCCGAACAUUAUGCUGACCCUGUAGGCCAUCUAGAAUUUGUUUGAUAGUUUUAUUUUCAUUUCAAUGUGUGCAUUUCUAUAUUAUCAAGGAUUGUUUUUGAGAAUUGUGUUAUUUUAUGUAUUGUAACCAGCCUGUUCACAAGCACAUUUUUUAAUUUAAAAUGAAAGCAGUGAUUUGUUAUAACAUGUAGUAAGUAAGCCAUACAAGUACAAAGAUGAAAAGAAUUUCUGUGAUUUUGAACCUUAUAUUGUACAUAUCAUGAAAAUUGUACUGGCAGUUGGAAAUUGAGGUUGUUUUUAAAGUUUAUUUACUAAACAGUAAUUUUAGUGUGAAUUUCAGAAGCGUAAGUUUUGGAAGAAUACACUAACUUCAUCAAUGACAUAGACCAUAAUUUCUAGAUAUUUUAUAUAAAGCUCAUGAUUUAAAAAAAAAGUAUACCACGUUGUAUAUUUUUUGAAUAUGUGGGAACUAAGCUAAUAUUUAUACACAUUAAUGUUCUUCAAAAGGACAAUUCAUGCUUUUACGUGAAAACGAAACAUUAUUAAGUAUGUAAUUGAAUAUAUAAUUGAAAGCUUUUCAGAAAUGUAUUUUCUUUAAAUAAUUUGAGAUAUUUUUAACAACUUGGACUAGGUGUGACUUAAUUGUAUAUUUUUUUGUAAUUUCUGUUUAUGGAAGCAAUAUUUUCAACAGCCAUUAAUAACAUAGUUCACAGUCUAUUUUCAUUUAUUAUUAGCUAUUUUUUUACAGGAUAAGAAUAAGAUUUUUCUUAGUUCUCACAUAAAGAUUCUGUUAUUACUGUAACAAAUAAAAGAUGGUCUUUCAGGGUUCAAGACUUAAGUUAAAAACCUUAACCUAAUAUAUUUUGGCAGAAAAGUAAACAAAUAAGCUAACAAUCUUGAGAAAUAUUUAUGAUGAAAUAACAGAUGAAGCACAAAGCUUUAUUCCAUGUUAAUUUAGCAAUCACCAUCUAUAUGUUUUAAACACAGUGUGGUAAUACAUGUAUUUUGUUUUUAACUGUUCUUAAUGAGGAUAUUUUGGUUCAUGUUAAUAUUGUGAAUUACUUUGCCAAGUGUUUUUUAAAUUUUUUUAGCUGAAAUAAAAAUGUGGUGGCUCACCUUGA